AUGAAGGCCGUCAGGGUGAACGCGUUCAACAUGGCUGCCCCGGCCGAGGCUGCCACCGUCACGGAGGUGCCUGUCCCGGAGCCCAAGGACGGCGAGGCGCUGGUCAGGAUGACGAUGCGGCCGGUGGACCCCGCGGACCUGUUCUCGCUGAUGGGCGUGUACCCGGGCUUCACCACCGCGCUCCCCGCCACCGUCGGCCUCGAGGGCGCCGGCGUCAUCGAGAAACCCGCGGCGGGGGGGAAGUUCGCCAAGGGACAGCGCGUGACGGUGUCGGGCUUCCCGGCGGAGCACGGCAACGGCACGUGGACGGAGUACAUCUGCCUGAAGGAGGCCGACCUCACGGCCGUCCCGGACAGCGUCACGGACGUGCAGGCCUCCCAGUUCCUCGUCAACCCCCUGACGGCGUACGGCAUGCUCAAGACGUCGGGCACGCCCAAGGGGGAGUACCUGCUGUUCAACGCGGCGGGCAGCGCGCUGUGCCGGCAGCUGACGGGGCUGUGCAAGCACGAGGGCGUCAAGUCCAUCGGCCUCGUGCGGCGCAAGGAGCAGUGCAAGGAGCUCGUGGACGCCGGCCUGACGCACUGCUUCUGCCUGGAGGACGCCGACGUGGUGGCGCAGAUCAAGGCCGCGACGGGCGGGAAGGGCGCGUACGCGGCGCUGGACUGCAUCGGCGGGCCCGGCACGGAGGCGCUGGGCAUGGCGGUCCGGCAGGGCGGCACGGUGUACGUGUACGGCGCCAUGGGCGGGCUGCAGGCGACGGUGCCGGUGCCGGGGCUGAUCUUCGCGGGGCUGACGGUGACGGGCUUCUGGCUGGGCCCGUGGAUGCGGUCGAUGUCGCCGGAGGAGCAGGUCCGCGUGAAGGACGAGGUCAUGGCGCACAUCGCGUCCGGCGUGAUGCCCGUCGGGGCGGGCGAGGUGUUCCCGCUCGACAAGGUGCAGGAGGCGAUCGCGCACAGCACGAAGGUCGCGCGCGGGGGCAAGGUCCUGCUGUCCUCGUAG